AUGGCGUCCUCUCACCAGGUGGAGUUGCAUCGCAUGCCACACGAAGCCAACAUACGGCACCGCGGAGAAGACUGGGCAGGCAUCACGAACCAGAAGGAGCGAAAGAAACUACAGAAUAGGCUGAAUAAACGAGUUUCAAGGCGGAGAAAAAGAAGAAAUAUCGGCGAUAAUGCAUCCCCAGAUGCCGCUUCCUCCAAUGCCGCUCUCACUCCGAGUCUUCCACAAUCCCCUGCGACAGCCUCUCCACUGGACAGCCUCAUGACGACAUUUAGUCAUUGCUCAGAGGACAACGUUGCGCAGAAGCGAGCUAUUCUCAAACGAUUCGCCGAGCAAGCGCUGACGAGUUAUAUGACGGCCGACCCGUGUGCCGACCACCACCUGAAGCUUAUACAACUCAACACCAUCAAUGGCUUCACAAGAAACGCCGCCGCGCUGGGCUUCAACUUUGACUGGCUAAUCUGCGAGUCCAUCUCUCCUUUUAGCCGGGACGGGCAGAAUGGCAAAUCGGGGACAGCGCGCGCAGCCCCGGUGCCGAGCAGCCUCAUGCCCACGAGCAUGCAAUUGAGAACGCGGCACCACCCGUGGCUUGAUCUGUUUCCGCUGCCCAAAAUGCGCGACAACCUGUUGAUCGCUGCAAGUAUUUUAACGGCCGAGGACGAGCAGCGGCUAUUUGAAGAUGUCAUGGAGUCAGGUGGAGGGAGGAACGAAUGGGCUGGACUCGUGGUUUGGGGGGAGCCCUGGGAUCCUCAAAGCUGGGAAAUAAGCGUUCCUUUUCUACAAAAUUGGGGGUGGCUCUUGAGAGGUUGCCCAGAGAUUAUAGUGUUUACCAAUCACUGGCGGAGUCAGAGAGGCGAAGAGCCGAUUGCGAGUCCAAGUUAUGUCCAAGAGUAG